UAUUUUAUUGGUACUUAAAUAAAAUAAAAUAAAAACAGUUGCCACCUUUUUCACUACUUAUUUUUUAGCCUCACUUCAAUCAUUAAAAGCAACAAGACAACACACUGAAGCUGCAAGAUAGGGUACGUAAUAUUGUUCUAUGCUCAAUUUCAACUCACCAAUGAAAUUAUGAAAAAUUAAUUAGCAUAUAGUUUUGGAAGAGUUCAUUCAUUGUGAUAAUGGGAUUUCUGGAGCUAUUUUCUGUUGCUUCUUUCCCUGUCAUCAAAGUUCUACUACUCACUGCAAUUGGUUUACUUCUUGCAUUGGAUAACAUAAAUUUGCUGGGAAAAGACGCAAGGAAUCAAACCAAUCAUCUUGUACAUUAUGUGUUUAAUCCUGCUAUGGUGGGUGGGAAUUUGGCAGAAACAAUCACUUAUGAGAAUGUUGUUUUGUUGUGGUUCAUGCCGGUGAACAUAUUGGUUACAUUUUUGUUAGGCUCGGCCUUAGGAUGGAUCACUAUUAAACUCACCAGGCCUCCGAAAAACAUUGAAGGUCUCAUUGUAGGUGUUUGUUCCGCAGGAAAUUUAGGAAACUUGCCGAUAAUCAUUAUUCCAGCAAUAUGUCAAGACAAAGGUAGUCCUUUUGGAGAUCCUGAUGUCUGCUAUCAAUAUGGAAUGGCUUAUGCUUCACUUUCUAUGGCAAUUGGAGCUAUUUUUAUAUGGACUUAUGUGUACAACAUAAUGCGGAUUUCUUCGAGUAAUGUUCAGAAAGAAGGUAACGAAAGUAGCGACUCUGUCACAUUGGCGACUUCAGAGGAUGUAUCAGAAUCACCUAUAGAGGGAUGCUCAGAAAAUAUAAAUUCAGCAUACAGACUAUUGCUUUCUAAGAAUGAAUCUGAGCAGGAGGUGAAGGUGCGUAUUUUUGAUAAAAUUAUGCAUAAGUGUGGAAUGAUUUUAGACAACCCAAAUUUCAGAGGCGUAUUUUCGCCGGCAACUCUUGGAGCGAUUGUUGGAUUUAUCGUUGGUGUAGUUCCUAAGUUACAUAGUUUAAUGAUUGGAAGCAAUGCUCCGCUUCAUGUAAUUGAAGACUCUGCUUCCAUGUUAGGUGAUGCUGCAAUUCCAAUAACAACACUUAUAAUGGGUGCUAACCUUCUUAAAGGAUUGAAGGGAGCAAGUACUCCAUUUUGGACAAUUAUAGGAAUCAUAGCAGUGAGAUAUAUUAUGCUACCAAUUUUUGGUGUUGUAAUUGUUAAAGGUGCAACACAUUUGGGUUUGGUGCAAGUUGAUCCUUUAUAUCAGUUCAUUCUUCUUCUUCAAUAUGCACUUCCACCAGCUAUGGCUAUAGGUACUAUAGCUCAAUUAUUUGGAGCAGGUGAAAGUGAAUGUUCUAUGAUAAUGCUGUGGACCUAUGCAUUGGCAUCAAUUGCGGUGACUCUUUGGUCAACUUUCUUCAUGUGGCUUGUGUCUUGAUAUAUUUAUUAAUAAUUUAUUUUUGAUAUUUAUAGGUUUCAAUUUAAUUGUGUCUGUAUAUACAUAUAUAUGUGUAGAAACAUAAGUGGAUAUGCGCUAAUUCGAACCUUUAUAGCCACUAGGUUAUUACCCAAAAGAACAUAUUUUCUUGUGUAGAUGACAUAAAUGGUUUGUUUGUCAUAUAUGUAUAUGUCAAUCAUGCAACUUGCGCCAACUGUGUGUUAUCCUCUACAUGUAUUUGGGGGUUGAUUGCAACAUUGCUGUCACUAUCAAGAAUAUUUUAAGUUCUCUUGUUUGCUACGUAA